AUGAGUUCGCGCCUGAGUAGCAUGCUGGGCAUAAAAGAAUCGUCCUCUGCCACAAAUCUCGUAGAGAAGAAUGGAGAAGUCAAGGCUGUCAACGGCACCGCAGCCAACGGCCGCCCGCCACCCCAACGCCAGGGCUCCAUAAACAAAAAGGACGUCGCUCCCACCCCCUACAGGCGCUUCUGGCUCACCGACGAGGGCGUCCACGAACACCACCUCAAGGUCGCUAAGCGGCAGGAGAAGCUCUCCGAUAUGUUCCAAAAUCUCAUGCUGGGUAAAAAGAAGGGCGAUCAGGCCGAGGACCAGCCUCUGAGCCUCAUGUCAAAUUGGGUCGAUGUCAUGCGCAACGAGAAGGAAAAGCUGGCAGAGCAGAAGAAUUCGGUCAACAGCAUGCCUCAGACCUUGGUCCAAAAGUACGGCAAGUGUCAGGAGGUCGUGGGCCGCGGGGCUUUCGGCAUUGUCCGCGUCGCACACAAGCCAGAUCCCAAGGACAAACAACGCGAGCAGCUGUAUGCUGUAAAGGAGUUCAAGCAGCGUCCCGGAGAGUCCGCGAAGCGAUACCAGAAGCGCCUCACAUCCGAAUUCUGCAUUUCAUCCUCCAUGCAGCACCCCAACGUCAUCACAACGCUUGAUUUACUUCAAGACGAAAAGGGCACCUACUGCGAGGUCAUGGAGUACUGUUCUGGCGGCGACCUGUAUACUUUAGUACUUGCUGCUGGCCAACUCGAGGUUGCCGAGGCUGAUUGCUUCUUCAAGCAGCUCAUGCGGGGUGUCGAGUACAUGCACGAGAUGGGAGUGGCACAUCGGGACCUAAAACCAGAAAACUUGCUCCUCACCACGCAUGGCUCCAUCAAGAUCACCGACUUUGGCAACGGCGAGUGUUUCCGUAUGGCAUGGGAGAAGGAGGCGCACAUGACUGCAGGUCUGUGUGGCUCAGCUCCUUACAUUGCUCCCGAAGAAUACGUUGACAAGGAAUUCGACCCGCGCGCUGUCGAUGUCUGGGCUUGCGGUAUCAUAUACAUGGCCAUGCGAACGGGUCGCCACCUCUGGCGCGUCGCGCAAAAAGGCGAGGAUGAGUUCUUUGACCGUUACCUAGAAGAUCGGAAAGAAGAAGAGGGCUAUCGUCCCAUCGAGGUGUUGCGAAGACGUCAGUGCCGCAACGUAAUAUACUCGAUCCUUGACCCCAUACCCGCCCGUCGUCUUACUGCCCACCAAGUCCUUGCUUCUGAAUGGGUUUCAGAAGCCAAAGUCUGCCAUGCAGGCAACGAAGGUUUCUAG